GUCUCCACCACUUCGAUUCCUUCGAUGGGGCUCGCCUCUUCUUGGGCGGAGGUGGCCAAGGCAAAUGUCGAAGACAUGCUGAAGUACUCAGACCACCCGGCAGAGCUGAAGGACAACCUGCUGAAAAUGCUCGCCGGCAAGGAACGCCAGGAGGCGAUCACCUUGCUGCAUAUCGGGUAUAAAGAGGCCCGCGACGGCCACCAGAAUGCUUGGAUCAACAUGGGCGUGGUGGCUGCACUGGUUUUCAGUGUGCUCUUCUCCGCCAUUAACCAGCCAUUUGGCAUGAUCACGGCAGACGACAUGUGGAGCAGCCAUCGGGAGACGAUGAAUAAG